CCCUGCCAUGGUGCCCCUUCCCCCCCUGCUGCUGCUGCUGCUGCUGCUGCUGCCCCCGGCCCUGCCCGGCCCCCCCGAGGUGACGGUGACACGGCCCCGGGGGGUGGCCCUGACCAAUCUGCCGUUCUACGACCCCUCGAGGCCGUUCCGGUGCCUCGACGGCUCCGCCACCGUCGACUUCUCCUGGGUCAACGACGACUACUGCGACUGCGGGGACGGCUCUGACGAGCCUGGGACCCCCGCCUGCCCCAACGGGCGCUUCCACUGCACCAACGCCGGGCACCGGCCCCGCACCAUCCCCGCAGCCCACGUCAACGACGGAGUCUGUGAUUGCUGCGAUGGCACCGACGAGUGGGACAGUGGGGCCGGGUGUGAGAACACGUGCAGGGAGCGGGGCCGGCGGGAGCGCGAGGCCCGGCAGCGUUUGGCCGCCCUGGCCCGCGAGGGCUUCGUGCUGCGGCAGCGGCUGGUGCAGGAGGCGGCCGAGGGCAGGAGGGACAAGCAGGCCCGGCUGGGGGGGCUGCAGGAGUCCCGGAAGGAGCUGGAGCAGCGCGUGGGGACCCUCCGGGCGGCCAAGGAGGCGGCGGAAGGCCCCGAACGGGCGGCCAGGGGGGAGCACCGCAGGAAAUGGGGGGAGCAAAGGGCGGCGGCGGCGGCAGCGCAGGACGAGGCUCGAGCGGCCGAAGCCUUCGCCGAGCUGGACACGGACGGGGACGGACGGCUGACAGGGGCCGAGCUCCAGGCCCACCCCGAGCUGGACCCCGACGGUGACGGCACCUUCUCAGAGGCCGAGGCUGAGGCAUUGCUGGGGCCCGGGGGGGCCGUGGAUUCUGGAACAUUCCGGGAGAGGAUCUGGGAGAGCGUCCGGGAGCGGCUCCGGCCACGGGGCCAAGCUGAGCCCCCCCAAACCCCCCCCGAGCCCCCCCUGGACGAGACCCCCCCCCGGGAGGAGGAGGAAGAGGAAGUGCCCCCCCCACAGCCCCAGGAGGGGAAGGAGCCCCCCGAGGAGGAGCCCCCCGAGGAGGAGCCCCCCUACGAUGAGGCCACCCAGGCCCUCAUUGAUGCUGCCCAACGGGCCCGGGACGAGCUGGCCGAGGCCGAGCGGGCGCUGAAGGAGGCGGAGGACGGGAUCAAGGCCCUGGAACAGGAAUUGGGGUUUGAUUUCGGCCCCGAGGGCGAGUUCUCGUACCUGUACAACCAGUGCUACGAGCUGAGCACCAGCGAGUACGUUUACCGCCUGUGCCCCUUCCACCGCGUCACCCAGAGGCCCAAAAACGGCGGCUCUGAGACCAACCUGGGGACCUGGGGCUCCUGGGCCGGCCCCGAAGGCGACAAGUUCAGCGCCCACAAGUACGAGCAGGGCAUGGGGUGCUGGCAGGGCCCCAACCGGGCCACCACGGUGAGGCUGAUGUGUGGCACGGACACGGCGCUGGUGGCGGCCACGGAGCCGAGUCGCUGCGAGUACCUGCUGGAGCUGGAGACCCCCGCGGCCUGCAGGGAGCCCCCCGCCCCCCACGACGAGCACGACGAGCUGUGACCCCAAAAACACCCCCGGGACCCCCAAAAACACCCCUGGGACCCCCCAAAAUACAACCCCCCCCAAAAAAACCCCAA